GCCGGCUGUUCUAGGCGGCGAUGGAGUGGGCUCCGCCAUUCUGCCGUGGGCUCCCUGACCGGCGGAAUGUUCCGCCGACCGCGGCUUUUACCCCGCAGUGCCAAGGCCGCGACUCGUUUUAUAACCCUACUGGUCGGAGUGAGGAGAAGGCGGCCGGCGCGUAUUCUCUUCCCGGAGGGCAGCAUGGAUUCCCUGGGCUGGAGAGGAGCCGGGCCGGGAGCGACUGGAGGCCUGAUGCUCCUUCCUACCAGGGCGGCCGGGACCGGGGUUCCCCCCGAGGCCCCCCAGCGUCUCUGGGUAGAGCGGAGCGGUUAGAAGAGCAGCUCUGGGAUCAGGAGCAUCGGUGCCAGUACUCGUCCCAGGCCCAGGACAACAAGCCCCUGGAAUGCCCUCCCCGGCCGUGGGGGAGCGACCACCCCCCUUACCUUCACCAGGACUACCCUCCUCGCCCGCAGGGGCAUCAUCAAGAUCGCCCGCCACACCCACAAGGACCUGAACGUCCUCCCAACCCCUGGGAUCAAGGCCAGCAGGGGCAGCCACCCCGCCCGCAGAACUACCCUCCCCACUUACAGGCUCUUGACCCCAUGUCCCACCAGCAGACUUAUGAAGGCAGAGAUCAAACCUGCCCCUCUGGGGGAUUUCUCUGCCAGGACCAUCCGGUUUAUCCUCAUCAAAAUCAUUAUCCCCAGAAUGGACAGUCGUAUUAUCUUUCUCAACACCCAUACCAACAGAAACACUUGGAUGCCCAACAGCAGUAUUCCUUUCGGGCAAAUUCGCAACCCGAGCAACACCCACCCUUCCCUGAGAGAGAUGUACCACCACCCAACCUUCAAAAUGUGACUUCUCAACCUGAAAACAGUUCGUGCCCAAACCAAACUACACCUCAAAGUGGAGGUCUUAACUUACCUGCUAGAUUUGGACCCCAAAGUUCUCAAUUAGUGAACCAGAGCCAUAAUAAUCAACAUAACUUCCCAAGUUUGUCAGUGGACGUUCUGUCCUGGAAGAAUGAACAUGGUUUGCAGUACAAGAGUGAUGAAAUGGCCAUGCCUUGGCCUUGUGUUGCUAAUUUCCCACAAGGUUUAAAAGAUAGUGGUAUAGAGCAGCAGCAGAGAAAGGAAUCAGUAACCAAAUUCUUAUCACCCGAUCAAUUCCAGGACUUCAAAAACAGUGAACGGACAAAGGAGCAAGAUGAAUUUUGGCUCAUGAGGUUUGUGUCAAAGUGUAAGUCACAGCCUUCAGAGAGCCAAAAAUCAAAAUCUGUGCCAUUAGUUAGUGAAGUGAAAGAAUCUGUGCUGAGUGCGUGCAAAUUUGUGGCCGAACUUACUGCUUUAUGCCAGCAAUUGAGGCAAAAUGUAGAAAAUGAAGAGAUUUGGACCGAAUCUUACCUAAAAGCAACUGAGAUAAAAACUGUUUUACAGGAGAAACUAAAGACCCUUACAGAUAGUGAGUAUGUCAGCACUGUGAAAAAAAAGCUGGAUGCAAUUAAAAAGAAAAGAAGAAAUAUUCAAAGGAAGAAGCAAGAGUGGUGUUUAGAAAAACAGGAACAAAAGGCAAGGAUGGCAGAAAAGGAAGCGAUGAUUGAAAAAUGGAGAAUGAAUUGUAUCCGAGAAGUUGAAGAGAAGAAAAGGGAGCGUGAACUAAAAGCUGCAGCCGACAGUGUCUUGUCAGAAGUGCGGAAGAAACAAGCAGAUGCAAAGAGAUCAGUGGAUAUCCUCCGGGCUCUCGAGAAGUUACGGAAAUUGAGGAAGGAAGCUGCAGCUAGAAAAGGUGUUCAUCCUCCUGCUUCUGCUGAUGAAAAUUUUGAGCAUCAUAUUGAAAGGCUUAGAAAACUAAUUAAAAAACGUAGUGAUCUCUACGAUGCAGAAGAAAGAGCCUUGAGAGUUAUGCUGGAAGGGGAACAAGAAGAAGAAAGGAAAAGAGAAAAUGAGAAAAAAAUGAAGAAGGAGAGGGAGAAGUUAGAAAAACAGCAACGUGAAGUUGAAUCAAUGCUAUUUGGAGACCCAGAUUUGCCUGUAGACCACCCACUACAACCGUUUCGUCAAUAUUACUUGCAAGCUGAACAUUCUUCUCAUGCACUUAUUCAAAUCAGGCAAGAAUGGGAUCGAUACCUUGUCCCAGGAGAUCAUCCUGAAGGUAGCAGUAUUCCGCAAGGUUGGGUCUUUCCGUGUCCACCUUCAUCAGACGUAUGGCGAACUGCACUCAAACAGAACGAAAGUUGAUGUCCUUGUCUUUAGCUUAAGAUUUUUUUGGGUUAAAGAUGAACAUCUGUUUUAUAAUAAAUAAAUGUGGAUUUAUCUUA